GAGCCGCCCCAGCCGGUGGCGUCCACCUACAAGCUGGGCUCCAAGGAGGACUUCGUCCGCUACCUCCACGCGGCGGACAUCAAACUGGUGCGAGGUGCAUACCUCAAAAAGCUUCUUUCUGAAGGGCGUGUGUGGCCAAGGAGGCAAGAGGCUGAGGACGAGGCGGACGCUCUCUACAGGCCAGAACUGACCGAGGACUUCAAGUUCGUAGGGGUCUCCCAUGCUUGGGAGUCCAUGGAGCACCCCGAUCCCUGCGGCUUUCAGCUCAGGCAAAUCGUGGACCAUGCCCGACGUCACCACAGAUAUUUCUUCGAUGAAUGCUUUUUCUUCAUCGACUACAUGUCUUUGUACCAGUACAAGCGCAAUGACCAAGGCCAGGAGGAGGCCUUCCGCCACGCCAUGAAGGCCAUGCACCUGUUCUAUGCCAACUCCUCGAGCGAUUUCUGCAGUGUAUGGCGCGUUGAACGCCUGACGCCGGCUAGCUGCUGGCGCCGAGAGCUCAAGGCAGGUCGCACCGUGCCGGUGUAUGACGAGGUAGUCGGGGCCGUGGUGGAGAAGCAACUGAGCCAGCUCACCAGGAACACCACUCCCUACAGCUGCCGGGGCUGGUGCUGCGCAGAAGUCGAGUGGUCGAGGCCUAUUCCCAAGCAACAGUUUGAGACUUUC